CGUGUUCAAAGUGUCACUUCCCAGACGUAUUACAGACGGAGGCCUGUGACAAAACUACACAAGGAUCCUUCCAUAGACUGUGAAACAAGACGUGAAGAGGACAUCGAGGACAUUGUACCAGAGGAAUGAAAUUCUUCAUGGAAUAUGCAUUCUACAACGGAAAAAGAGGUCUUCAGAAAAACAGUUUCAUGAUGAGAAUGUCAUUGUUGAUGAUGAUGUUCACAACUACAUUCGCAGAAUUAUUUUAUGAUAAAAAGAGUGACCAUGAUACAGAGACUUCAAUCCUUGCACGAAGGAGAAGAGGAUUUCAUCUUGAGGAUUUUCUGGAAGAACAAAUUCAAGAUAAUUCCAGAGACAUUUCCGGAAGUCUUUGCAUGGGUUAUGGCGUUAACUGUUGUAUUGAAUUACACUUCAGACAUGAUACACACAUUCAAUUACAUGCAACAGCAGGACCCAAAACAAAGUUCACUCAAUUACAAGGAACAUUCACACAUAACAAUAGAACAGGUACAUGGGAGUGUACAUCGAUAGAUGGAUUGUACUGGAGUAUUGUGAUAAAAGGAAAUGAGUCAGCUACAUGGUCUGGAGACCUCACAAAUGAUAAGAUAUCAUUUGGAAGAGUGGGAAAAUCUCGAGAGGAAAUUUGGUUUCAAACACAGAAUUAUGUAAAAAUAAUGGAUUCAUCAAUAUUUCCCAUAAAAGUUGAUGAAGAUUGGGUGGAAAAAUGGAGAUUCCAAAUAAUUAGGGAACCUGUUGAAGUUAAUAUAACCAUCAAUUUCAGAGGUACAAAUGUUAUUAAUCCUGAAGUUCAAAUCGCUCCAACAUUGGUGAAUAUUCAGGAAGGAACAGAUCCAUUAUAUUUAAAAUGCAACACAAGAUUGGAGAUUCCAUCUGAAUCAGUGGUAACUUGGACAAAAGGAGAGGUAUUUUUAGGUAGUUUCUCUAAUGGUCCAACUAAUGUGAUUCAUAAGGGUCAAUCUGGGAAUGUGAAAUGGUUUGAUAAAAAGUUUAUAUUUUAUCAAGACCAUCCAUCUUCCAAAGAUUCAGGAAUUUAUCAGUGUUGCAUAUUAACUAUAAAUAAUCAUAAACAAUGUGAAACUGUAAAUGUCACUGUGUGGUCACCUACAGAAAAUAUUUGUACCAAGGUUAAAUUUGAACCAUCUAGUCCUUUCCAGAUUAAUCACUUCCAGUCGAAGUCUCUUUUGAGAAAUGGUAAAUAUGUCACCAUAAUGUGGACAUUUAAUAUAUCAGACUGGAAAAUAUCAUCAAAGUAUCCUCAAUGUGAAAAGCAUCUUGCUCACAUGGAGGAAGGUUUAGAACGAUGGUUUAAGAAGAGUAUUUCCAAGCAAACUAGAACUAAAAGAGAUGAAGUAAAAGGAGAGGUUCUACAGAGAGCUUCCAUUCUUCAGCUACCAGCAAGUGGCGGAGCAGAACAGAAAGAUUAA